AUGGCUGCUCCCCGUUCAGUGCUUAUUGUUGGCGGCACAGCCGGCCUGGGCUUUCACACAACCCUCCAGAUUGCUAAAGAGCACCCCGGAUUUCUCGUUGUCAUCGCGGCGCGGAGCUCCAACAACGAUGCCGCCGGGAGAAUCAACAAGACUCUCGGCCAGACCAACGUCAAAUACAUGCCUCUCGACCUUGCCGAUCUAGACAACGUGCGCGACUUUGCCCGCAAGUGGGUGACCGAGAAGCUCCCACCCAUCAAGGCCCUGCUCCUCAAUGCAGGAGGCCAGUAUACUGGUCCUUUGGAGAAAGCGCCGUCUGGCAUUGAGAAAACCUUUGCGAUCAACCACGUAGGCAACGCCUUUGUCUUCUUCCUGCUCUUCCCGCAGCUAGCAGACAACGCCCGGGUAGUCCUGACCUCUAGCGGCACCCACGAUCCCGACCAAGAAACUGGCGGCUUCCCUAAACCCAUCUUCACCACCGCCCAGGACGCCGCGUAUGUGCCGCCCGCCGCCGCCGCAGCAGGCUCCAGCCUGCGCUACUACUCGACAGCAAAACUCUGCAACGUACUGUUCAUGUACGCACUUCACCGCCGCCUUCAGGAGCGCAAGAGCUCCGUCGCCGUGACGGUCAUGGACCCUGGCCUGAUGCCCGGCACCGAGCUGGCCCGCACCCGCCCCAAGGUGGUCCAGUGGUUGUGGAAACACGUCAUGCCGCACAUGCUACCCGUCCUGAGGCUGCUGACCGGCUCCUCCAACAUCCACCGCAUCUCCCACUCGGGCGCCAACCUCGCGCGGCUGGCCUUUGGGCCCGAAUUUGACGGCGUCAGCGGCAAGUACUUUGAGGGCAACACGGAGAUCAGGUCCAGCAAAGAUAGCUACGACGUCGCCAAGCAGGAGGACUUGUGGGGCUGGACAGUAAAGUUCCUUACCGCAGGCGACGCCGCGCAGGAGGCGCAGUGGAGGGAGUUGAGGGUAUUGCCUGGCGGCGUGGGUGGCUUUGUGUAG